GGCAACCGGCCGUAAACAAGAUGGCGGCGGGGGGUACAGCUCACGCUGACGUGGAGCUCAUGUCCUCUCUGGCAGAAAAAAUCUCCCUGUUGGAACAGAAAGUAGAGAAACAGGCACAAGAAAUCCAGCUGAAGGACAGGAGGAUCGCUGAGCUCGAGGAGAAGAUAAGGAAUCUUCAGGAAGAGGAAGCCUCCCUGCAAUGCCUGCAGGACAUCAUGGACGGUUAUUUCCCCUCCGAGCUGCAGCCACGCUACCCCGACGGGGUCCCCUUGCAGGUCACUGACAGGAGGGAUGUGGUGUUCCAGAAGCCAGACCUUGCAGGGAGCUUUCCUGGCCUUGGCCAUGUGGUGGGGACUGCAGAAUCCAACAGAAUGCAGGAAACAUCCAAGAUCCCAGGUCCUAAAUGCUCCUGGGAGCAGGAUCCCAAUGAGGUUUCCCAGCCCCUGAAGCGCAGAGGGAGCAUGAACAGCACCCAAGGAGCAGCUCCACAGGGCUCUGAUGGGCAGCAGAGCAGCGAGGAAAUCCUGCUGGAAACACCUGGGCUGGCUGCCCUGGACAGGGGGAGGGCAGCAGAGCAGGCUGGAGCCCCUGAGCUCUGCAGGCUGCGCGUCCGGUCCGAGAGCGGGGAGCAGACGUACGAGCUGAGGAUGCUGCUCACAGACACCAUCGGGGACCUGCGCCGGCUGCUCGCCCACCUCAGGGGUGGAAACUCGGACUAUGAGAUCCUGAGCACCUUUCCCCAGCGGGUGUACACGGACAGCUCCAGGAGCCUGCAGGAAUGCGGGCUGGUGCCCCGGGCCUCGCUGCUGCUCCGCAGGAGAGACCCCUCCCCGGGGCAGGGCAGGGGGCUGCAGCCAGCCUAGGAGCUGCUCUCACCUUACCCGGCUGGGAAGAGGGAGAGGUUUCCUUUCCAGAUUCAGUUUCACCGUGCUGGACAUGGAGCAGAGCUGGGUGGGAGCAGCCGUUUGGCCACUCCCUGUGGCAGAGGGGCCAGGCCAGCCCUGCUGCCCCACGGUGGCUGCUGUUCCCCAGCACAGGGACACCUCCAGCAGCUCACCCGGGCCUGGCUCCUCCUCUCUGUGCAGGUUACACGGGCUGAGCCCUGCCCAGGAGCCUGCCAGCCUCCCCCAGCACUGGGCAGCACUCAGGGGCUGCAGCAGCAGGAUGGACACGCAGCCAGGGCAGUUUGCGUUCUGCACACAGCUCCCUGCACAUCUCACCUGCACGGACAGCAGGGGACACACAGGCCCAGUGCCACGGUCUGUGCUGGAGCUAAACCUGAAGGCCUUGAGCUCCUGCCUGGCUGGGGCCGAGCCAGGCUCAGCUGGGAGAUCCUGCUGCUGGGCUUCCUGUACGUGCACGGCUCCUUCCCUUGGACAGCCCCCAGCUGCAGCGGCCCCGGCUCCAGCCUGCCUGCAGGCACCCGCCCUCCUCCUCCUCCUGCUGCUGCAACAGGACACCGUGUCACUGAGAGCAGCAGAACCCCUCUCUGCCCAGCCCUGAACAAAGCAUCUUCCUCCCUGGCCGUGGGCUGGGGCUGCGCUUUUCCCUUUCCCUUUCCCCAGCACAUUCUUCCCAUUCCAGCUGUGACAAGCUCUCACUUGACUCCCAGCUGACAGCACUCCCACUCAUGUGGGGCAGGGCUGCUGGCAGGUUCCCUCUUCUCACAGACCCAGCCCUCAGCAAAGGCUCCCAAUAAAACCCUUUAUUCCACUGCAAUUUCCACUUCCUUCAGAUUUCUGAGGCAUGGUUGGAAGCCCUGAGCUCUUCCCAGAGCUCUCUGGGCAGAGCUGCACCACUCAAACACAGGAAGCAAACCAGCAGCUUCCCCAGCUCCCUGUGAGCACUGACUCAACCCACCCAGCUCUCCCUCAGCUUCCUCCCUUCCCACCUGGAGCAGAGUCAGGAGCAGCUGUUUCCCCUGCCCCUCCGUGUCCCAAUCUCUGUGCCAAUGUUUGUUUUUCCCUGCCACGUCUGGCUGAGGCUGUCCCUGCCCCGGGCAGAGGGGAGGAAUGCUCUGGUACCUGUCCCUGCUGCGCCGUAGGACAUUCACACACGUCCUGGGAGCCUCUGAUUAGCAGCAGCAAGCUAAGGUGUUAAGGUCUUUGUGUCAGGCUGCAGCAGCAGGCACAACCCACUCAGCUGGAAAUGACUCACAAUCCUUAGGUAGGGCGGUGUUUAACCUGUAGCCAAAAUAAAACCGAAUUUAAAAGAAAGGCAAGAGCGGCGCCGUGAAAGGUCCAGUAACAUUUAAUAGCAUCUCGGAAGACAACACUGGUUAUAAACUUGCUUUUUUGGCAGGAAAACAAAAUGCACUUGGUCCAGGAUCGCAAACAAGCCAACACAAAGAGGAGAAGAUGGGACAGCUGGAGCAUCAGCUGCUGUGGGGCAGCCCUGAGCCAUUAAUGCUCACCGGGGAGCUGCUCGGGUGGAGGGCGGCCAGAGCAGCACGGAGCCCACUGCCAGCCCCACCCAUUCCCCAGGCAGCCUUCAGCCCCAGCCCCACCGUGCUGGGCACUCACACCCAAAUUCUGUGCAGUACUUUUGCAUUAAAUUAAGACAAAAAAACCCCAAAAAACCAAAAAAAAAACCAACAAAAACCCCUUACUAAGUUACCAUAAUCUCUGCUGUUGAGAUGAAGAGGAGGGAAAAAGA